AUGGCACCGGUGAUAUGGGGUCUUGACCUCGCCGAGAUCAAGUGGUCGAAGUUCAAGAGCAGUUACAUGUGGAACAGCGAGUACCAUAUGCGACGGACCAAGUUCAUCGUCUACCAAUGCGCGCUCAUCUUUUGCGUCGUGUCGGAGUCCUUGGGCACGGCGGCGUUGUCUGACUACGUGGACAUGCAAACACGCAUCCAAGGAAUCAGCGCUUCGAGAAUACACGUCUACAACGAUGACUACGUCGGCGCCGCCUCCUUCAAUAUCUUUGCCGGGGUGUUCGUCGCCUUCAUCUUCGGCGCCGCCUUCUUCUUCGACCUGAUAUGGCCGGAGCGGAAAGAGUCGAAAGGAGUCAGGAUCGCAUGGAAGGUCUGCGGCGUGCUGGCUGUGGUUAUGCACCUCGCCGCUGCCCUGACACUCACAGUCAUCACGGCAAGACAUCGAGCGUUUAUCCGAGGAGAUCACGGGCAAACAAUCCUCACCGAGCAGGAGCAACGGGUGUGGUGGAGGCAAUACUCGAAGCACAGCGAGGCGCCAUUGAUAUACAGACACAACCCGAGAGCCAUCGCGGCGGUGGUGUUCUCGUGGAUCGGAUGGUGCAGCCUACCGCCCAGCUGCGUGUUGUUAUAUCUGGGCAUCGACAACACGGAGAAGGGGCCAGGACCGAAGUCAGCACACGCUCGCGCACGAGAUGCUUCUUUCGAGGAAGGACAAGCCGACAGCGACGCCGAAAAGCCCAGAGCAUCCAGCGACGAUCCUGAAGCCAACGGCGCAUCCCCAUCCUCAACACAUGCCGGAGAUGGGACGUACGAUGCGCCUGCGCCGGUGGCCGAACAAGCACCCGCACAGUCGGACGCUGCACGGUAG